AGCUCUAUCCAAACUUCCGAGUAAUUGGCCAAUUAUAAUACUAUAUGUCAUUUAGUUCUGAAAAUAUAAUUUAUACGCCCUUCAUUUUCCUCCAUAAAACCCCCUCCCUUUGUUCACUUUGUUUCCUACUAGCACAGAAGCUCUCAAUCAAGAAAACACACUACCCAUAUGGACCCCUCCUCUCCGUCGGUAAACAACUUACUCGGCGACCGGGAAAAGCUAAUUCAGUUGCUCGUUCAAGGCAACGAAUCAGCAAACCAGCUCAGACUCACCCUCGGAAAACCCUCUGCUGGCGACGAUAAAUCGUCGGUGGCGGCCCUUGAUCUUGUUAAGAAAGUCUUAGGAUCGUUUGCGGAAUCCAUGUCGAUAGUGAACCGGCGCCCAAUUGAGGGGGUUUUCGAUAAAGUUCCGGUGAAUACGGGCGGGAAUUCGCCUUCAUCAAAUGGCCGGAAAGCCGAUGAUUCUGAGGGGAGUAGCAGGAGUACAUCCGCGUUUAAACAACGGAGAGGGUGUUACAAGAGAAGAAAGACUACUCAGACAUGUACAAAAAUCACCUCUAAUUUGAUCGACGAUGGCUAUGCGUGGAGAAAGUAUGGACAGAAAGUUAUCCUCAAUGCCAAGCAUCCAAGGAACUACUAUAGGUGCACUCACAAGUUUGAUCAAGGUUGCCAAGCAACCAAACAGGUUCAAAGUACCGAGGAGGACCCACCAAUGUACCGGACCACAUACCACGGCAGUCACACCUGUCAAAAUCUAGUUAAACCUCCUCAGAUAAUCCUGGAUUCCACUAUCCCUGGGGACAGCUCUAAUUCGGUUUUCCUUAGCUUUGGUUCAACCAACUAUCCAAACACCAAAUUGAACCAUGAAACCUAUUACCCAACCUUCCCUUUGGUAAAACAUGAAUACUCACAUACCCAAGAGCUGAAGCCUAGUUUCAACCACAUCCAAUCAACUUCGACGGAUCCUUUAUUCUUGCUAUCGGAUUUGACGGCUUUUAAUUCGUCCGGGCCUAUGCCAGUUCUGUCGUCAGAGUCUGAUCACGGCGAUGUGAUCUCUUCUUCCGGGGUGUACUCUUGUACGACUAGCACUACUCAUGAUGAUAGUCAUAGCUUUGACCUGGAUAUGCUGGUGGAUGUUGGUGAUUUGGAUGUCUCGCAAUUUGAAUACCCUUUUGAUAAUUAGUGCUACUACUGUUGUAUUAGAAGGUUUUUCUUUUUUUGGUUACUUUCUUACGCCCUAAACUUGAUGUAGAAAAUUUGUACUUAUAUAAAUUUAUGUAGUACUA